AUGAACAUAGGCGUCCAUAGCAAUGGCCAAGGAGCGAUGGACGUAGACGUGGGACCGCAGGGGGGGGGAGGCGAGCGUGCGGGCAGCGAGAAGGACAGGAGAGCGGCGAUCAACAUGCUGCCCAACGCUGACCUCUCCAACCACACGUGCGAUUCGUGCAGCAAAGACAUCACGGGGCUGUGCUACAUUCGGUGCGAGGAGUGCAAGCAGGAGGUAGACCUUUGCGCGGCCUGCUUCUUCACCGGCAUGGAACCCCUCGGCCACAAGAAGACGCACAGAUACAGGGUCAUGGACAAGCUCGACAAGCCAAUUUUCACGGAGGACUGGACCGCGGCAGAGGAGCUAUCUCUGAUGGACCAGGUGAAGAAGAUGGGCCUAGGGGCGUGGGAAGAGAUCAGCGACUCGAAUGUCCAAGUGCCCCACGUGUCGUAUCUACUUGAGUACACGAUUAUUGACCCUCUCCCCACCGGAUGCCCGUUCUUCUGCCUCUUUUUCCUUUCACCCAACACGCGUUUAUCCGACGGCGCCUUCAACUGCACCACCAUCACCCUGCCGCCACGGGAAACAAACAAAAAACAGAAACUGUUCUACCGUCGCCACUCGUCGUCAGAGCUUAACGCUCGCUACCUGGACACCUAUCUCUCCCAGUAUGGCUCCGUGCUUCCCCCCUGCUACCUCAAGCACCGCCCGGACGGCAGCGGGGCGGACAAAGUGCCGAUCCCCCUCACGCACCCGGCGAACUGCCCCCCCAACCAACGCGGUGUGAAGGUGAGCUCAAAGGAGAUCCGCGGGCGCACGAUCGCGGAGCUCGGAACCAACCCCCGCUACAGGUACGAGCCAUCCUGGCAGGCCUUGGCGGAAAAGCAGCAGCAACGGAAGGAGGAGAGCGAAGAGGCCGCUGCCGCCGCCGCCGCUGCGAGCGCCAACGGUUUGGGCGCCGCCGCUGCCAAAGGAACUAUUGGGGCCCCGAACGGCGUGGGAGGGGGAGCAGUGGGUUUUGCCUGCGCGGGGAAUGGUGCGGUGGGUGGGGAUGCUGCUGGUUCUGCUACUGGACAGAACCGAUCCAACACGAAACAGAGGAGGCGCAGGGCGGACAAGGUGAACAAGGCGAAGGAAGAGGAGAGGGAGAUCCGCGAGUGGACGGAGAAGCUGCCCGGGGCGGACCUGUCGGUGUACGCUCCCCUCCGAGGAGACUUCGAUCACGAGCACGACGACACGGCCGAAGAGCUGCUGGCCAACAUGGAGUUCCGUCCGACGGACCACGCUAGCGAGAAGCAGCUCAAGCUGGACGUGAUCGCGGUGUACAACCACCGCCUCGACGAGAGGGAGAAGCGAAAGAAGUUCGUCAUCGAGAACAACCUCCUCGACUACAAGAAGCCCCCCCCGGGGAGCAAGAAACGCGGCAGGGAAGAUCGCGAGCUGGUGGCGCGACUCCGGCCGUUCGCACGCUUCAGCAAUGCCAAGGAGCACGACGAGCUGAUCGACAACCUUAUCGCGGCCAAGAAGAUUCGGGCUCGCAUCGAGACUCUUCAGAUGUACCGUCAGAAUGGCAUUACCACCAUCGCCGAGGGGAUAGAGUUUGACAAGGCCAGGCAGAGGCGUCAGGAGGAGCUGGCCUCUCAAAAGCACCGCGAGUCUGCCUCCUACCUGUACGACGGGCACGCCUCCGCUAAGGGGAGCACCGGCGACCGCAACCGGCGCUACAAGGACAGGAACAAGGGCGGCGGUAUGUCGGACGGAAACGGGGACGACGGUCGAAACGGCAACAACCUCCUCGACGUCGAAGGGGCCCCGGGGGUGGAGUACCUAUCCCCCGCCGAGCGCGCGCUAUGCUCGCAGCUGCAUCUUCUUCCAGGGUACUACCUCGUCAUCAAGAACGCCAUGAUUCAGGAGUGCGUGAAGUCCGGCUGUCUGAAGAAGAGCAACCUGGCCGGCCUCGCCACACUGGACAAGCCACGCCUAGAUAAGAUGUACGACUUUUUCUCCACCUCUGGCUGGGUGACGGAGAAGCACCGAGACUUCGAGAUCAGCGGUGCGGCCGCCAACGCCAUUCCUGGCAGCCCCCCGGCUUGAGCGAUAUACGCCUUCCACCGCCGUGACGGACGGACAUCACCGGCCGAACACGGCAUAUUGGGGCCAUCUUUCUCAGGAGCUCACGAACGAUUCUGUAAGGGGUCUAGCAUGACUGUAGGUGAUCUGCGGUAGCGGCUGCUGCUCUUUCAGCAGGGGAGUUCUGGGUGCGGCGGCGUUGUUAGCGCUCGGCGGCGGUGGUUUCUCUUCCCGUUGCAGCAGCCCUCGGGUUGUGCGAUAUCACAGCGUAGACUUGGUAUAUGUCUUAUCCUUUUGGUUUAGCCAACCAACGCCAUCGCCGUCGGCGCUAGGUGGAGGGCAGUAGGUGGAGGCCAUGCCGCGGCGUUACCAGGUACAACUUUUCUGCCAAGCCAAAUGUUCCAGGGGCGUUAGCACAAGCCCCUCUCCACCGCGCAGCAGACCUUGUGGAUGUUCUUCUUUUGUUUCGGAUCAGGUUUCGACCGCAGCGUUGAGGCGUCAGCAGUAGCAGCAGCAGCAGCGGCAGCAGGGAGAGGUUGUUGCAAUUUUGAUAGCCUUUGUGCCGGUGCAUCGUGGUGUUUGAUAUUUUCUUUUGCGCUCCGCUUGCUUUGGCGGAGGCAGACAACGCCAAGAACCCCUUGCUUGAUCCUUGGACGUGUACUGGGUGAAGAACAUUUAACGGCCGCGUGGCUUGACCUCGUCUAGUUAUAUCGGGGAGGGUGUAUUAAAUAUCGCAUGGAAUAAUAAAAAAUUGGGAAGAGAACAAGAACCGUCAUUAUUUUUCGGCCGCUGCAUCAUCUACGAAAAGUUUGCCGGUUGUACCAAUGUCAUGCAGGGUAAUCAUAUUGUGUCGGGCUUCCUGGGGGCGGGGGCGGGGGCGGGGUAGAUCAGUUUGUGUCUGGCGGCCGAGUCUGUCUGUGUUCGCUGCAGUUCUAAUAUGAAAGGAAGGAGUUUCAACCUAUGGCACCGGGUACGCCCGGUAGUCGUGCACGCAGUAGCUCGAGCACAGAAAUAGUAGUGGAAGUGCGGAUUUUUGGAAAGUCUUCGGUGUGGUUGGCAGUUCGGCGUUUUAGUUCGGUCCCUUGUGGUGCCUCAGGCCGGUAGAUACAUGUCACCAGCGCGGUGCCAUGUUAUGUCUCAACACGAUAGUAGGUUUUCAUGUUGUUGUGUUUGGUUGUGGAUGGUGGUAUGUACAUUCCACGUCUCGAUGUGGACAAAGAAUGUGGCAAGUUGCCGCCGCCAGGGGUUCUUGUCCUUAUCUGGUUCACAAGUUGUGAGAGCACUCGCUUGCGGUGUGUUUUUUUUGUGGACGAUUCGCUCUUUCGUGAGAUUUUUUUGUUGUUGUUGAAGGCGUUCCCCCUUGCUGACCUCGGAGUGGACAGAGCUGCUUCCCACCUGGUCGUUCUGAUGGGUACGUCGGGGGCGUCUCAGUUAGUUGACUGCACGGCUUUGGUGCGCGCGUGCGCUUGUAGGGAGCGUUUGAUGGUAGUAUGCGGGUUGGUCUGCAAUCGUGGGGAAUCGAACGAGUAGGAAUGAGCACCUGGUGUUUGAUCCCGAUUCUGUUGGUGGUUCGUGAUUGGUUCGGUUGUCCGGUAAGCCCCCAAGUGUGCCAAGCGAAGUUCGUCGUAUGUAUGGUAGCAGCACGUGUCAUCGCCCGGAACGCCCUAAUGCGUACAAGGAAAGGGGGACGAUUGUCGUCGUUGCUACGCAGGUGUAGUGUCUCAUGGUAGACUACAAUGGACGAUGCCAGUGCUUUUUGAUGCGCAAUAUUUCUCUGUUAUUUUGUUAGGCUUGUCUGGGGGUCAUGAUAGGUGUAGUGCCAGGGACUUAGUUGAGGGGAAAAUUCGAGAACCGUAGUAGUAGGUGGUCGUGCGCAACAAGGGUGCCGGUUUCACGGGAGAUAUGUUAUGCGUAGUUGGCGUGUUGUGUGGUCAAAAUGUUGGAGAAGAAGUGCCGUGGCAAAGGUAUGUGAGUGAGCGGGGCGGACUGCUUGGAGAGAUGCGUCCGUCACAGCCCAGUUCAAUCAACUGUUGUUCCCGAAAGUAAACCUUUUUGAGGCUUUUAUGGGUUGUUGAGGGGUACGCCCUUUGAUAUCUUGAAUGCUGGUAAGGAAGGCGUGAUGAAGUACUAAGUAUGAAGUCAUGUCUGAAGAGUAUGGUUUUGCCA